AUGUUUGAGAUGCAGACGGCAAGCAUACGCAAGGAGCUCGCCGAGCACGAUUUUGUGUUCAUCAACGGCAACAUACCAAUGUCUCGGUAUCCAGGGGACGACGAUGCAACGGCUUGCGAAGUCGCCGACCAUCUCAAGUACGGCUACCUGGGAGAGCUCACAGAGGUGAGCCAGUACCAAGACCUGCUCGGCGGACUCAUUGGCGUGGUGCAAAGCCAGGGGCCAUUCGACGGCAUCAUGGGAUUUUCCGAAGGAGGCAUCGUCGCCACCACCCUUCUUCUCGAGGACGCCCGACGACCAUAUGCCAGUUUCAAGUGCGGCAUUCUCUUCAGCGCAGCACCUCCGCUGGACCCAGACGAGCUCCGGCAGGGCCACAUUCGAAGCUUGGAUCCGGAAAAGGACGGAACCGCACUCCAUAUCCCCACAGCUCACGUCUACUCGCACGAGAUUGGGACGACUGCCCAGCACGUCCAGUCGCCCCUGAGCGGACUCUGGGCCGAAUGCGGAUGGAUACUUCCGGAACAUGUGCAUGGCUCCCUGGCGCGGCUUUGCGACAAUGCCGAGGUGUUUGUGCAUGAUCGUGGGCAUCAAGUGCCAGGGCCAAGGGAUUACCAAGAGCUGAGAGGAGCUCUUCGAGCCAUUAAUCGCACCAUUGAGAGGGCCAGUGACUGA